GGCUUCUUUGCUUCAGCAGAUAGGAGAAAGUAUGCUUUACCUGCUUCAAAUAAGAUUCUUCACCCUUGUCUUUGAUCUUGCUCCUUGUCUUUUCAAGUAAGCUUGCGAUUGAGUGUAUUGGAAAUCUUCAUUCAGUUAAUUCUUUCUGGUUUCCUGUGCAUCAUAUCAACUUCUCUUGGUGAUUCAUUUCUUGCUUGCGAGUCCAGAUAUGCUUAAUCCUGAGAGGCAUUCUCUUUCAGCAAGUAAGAUGUCAAUUGUAAUAAUCUAUCCUUUAUUAUUUUCUCAUUGAAGGAAAGAACCAAGAAAAUACCAUAUGGAAGUUAAUUUGCACAAGGCACUUGAGUUUUUCCUUCAGAAGUAGAUUUAAUUGUCUAUAUUGCUGUAAUCUCUUCAAUGUUUUUGGUGAUAAUUAUCUUACAAAAAUGCAACCAUGGUAUCGGAUGGUAAGGACUUGUCAAGAGACAGCUAAGCUAUCAAUUCUACAGCACUCGCUUGGAAGAAAUCCAGUUGAACAGAAGAAGGUUUUUGCUCGCCUUAGAUGUGUCAUUUCCACUCCUCCGGUGAAUCACAAAGGACUGGAGAAUACAACAGUAUCAGAUGUCCUGAUGACCAAGGGAGGGGAGAGAGCUGGCUCUUGGCUUUGGUGUCGUGCUGAUGAAACUGUCCAAGAUGCGGUGACACAGAUGGCACGGAAUGACAUUGGCUCUUUGGUGGUUCUGAAGCCUGGAGAUAAAGAUCUCAUUUCAGGGAUCAUAACAGAAAGAGACUAUCUUAGGAAAGUUGCUGCAGAGGGAAGACCUGCCAAGUAUACAAGAGUUGGAGAAAUUAUGACCAGAACGGACAAUUUAAUAACAGUCACAUCUGAUGCAAACAUUCUACAUGCAAUGCAGCUAAUGACAGAGAACCACAUACGACAUGUCCCAGUCAUAGAUGGGAAGAUAGUUGGUAUGAUAUCAAUGGCAGAUCUCGUUCGAGCAGUAGUAGAGCAACAAGGCGGGGAUGUGAAGCGGCUCAACGAAUUCAUCAAGGGAGAAUACUUCUAGGGUCAAAUAAAAGGAAAUCCUUCAGAAUUUAAAAGGCCUCCUGAUGCCAUCAGUUGUAGGUUUGAGCUAAGGAUAUAUUUGAGUUGGAUAACUCAAUUGUUGUCCGAAAGCUUCUAAUUUCAUAUUUUUUCAGUUAAUCUAUUGCUUGCUAUACCCCGAUGUAUGUAAUAGUAUGUUUGCAAAAUAAUGUUAUAUGCUGUAAAUCAAUAAAGUCUGUUUUUUGCAUUUUUAAUCGGAUAAUUGAUACUUUGUGCAAGGUUCAUGGCCCCUAGAAGUUGGCUUGUUAUAAAUAACACUUGCACCAACAGACCGUGUUGAUACACAGAACAUGAUCUAUUGUGACAGCAAAUAAUUU